UCUCAACAAAUCCCUUUUCUUCUUCACCUCUUCUCUUUACUCUCAUUGUCGCCUUCGCUCUCUCAUAGUCUUUAGUUUCUGAAAAUAGAAGAUUCUUCGUCUUCUUUCUAAAUUCAGGUUUAAGUUUCCCGGCUUAACUUUUGCUAUAAAAAAACCGAGUGAGAAAAGUUCAAUUUUUGUCGUCGUUUUGGGGAAUUUCGAUUGAAAUGUGUCUGAAGCAUAAUACUUGAGAAGACAAAAGAGAGGACCGAAGUAGUCGAAAGAGUGAUUCUUUGUUUGUUGUCUUCUAAAAAGAAAAAAGAAAAUGUCGGGUCUGAAGAUUUCGGAUCCGAGCAAAUUGCAUCUGAAGAAGGAGCUUACUCAAGUCAGGAAAGUUGCCAAGGGUUUACGCGAUCCCGGUACCACUUCCUCUUGGAAAUCUCCUCUUACUUCCUCUAGAUCCCUCGCUGUGCCUGAGCCUCCGCUGGAGACCAAUACCGUCGAGGCUCAGUUGGAUUCUCAGUUUCCCAGUAGUCGAGGUGUUGGGAACGGGAAAGAGAAGGAGAAGAAGGUGUUUUUGUAUAAUUGGAAGGCUCAGAGGACUUCUAGCGACAAGAGUGGCUUUUCUAAAUACAGUGGAGGUGAAGAUGGCACUUCGUGGAUCCAAGCUAGUGUCAAUGGUGAUGAUGAUGAUGAUGUGAGUGAUGCUAGGAACGGUGGAGAUUCGUAUCUUGGGGAUACUCGAUCUGCUUCCAUGGUUUUUAGAUGCAGAGACUCGAAUCUUGUGUCACCUGGUUUUGCAAAGAUCAGAAAGAAUGGUGUUAGCAAGAAGAAAACUAAGAAAUUGGAUUUGAUGUCUCGAUAUCAUCAUCAGUCGAAAGAAUCAAUCUUUGGCGUAAGAAACUCUGCCAAAGCUAGGAAAUUUCCAAGUAAUCUCCACGCAGCGUCAGGUUUAAGUGUGGUGAGAGAUGAAUCUGUUGAGAUGUCUGAUGAAACAGAGGAUUUUAGCAAUUCUGAGAAUCCUCGCAAGAUCACUAAAGUGUCAUCUCCUUUGCUUUCGAAGCUUAAGCACAAUAACUGGUCACACUCCUCUUCGAAGUUCAUGAAGGCUACUAGUAAGAGAGAGGAUUCUUCUCAUACGUGUAACAGUACACCUGCAUUGUCGACUAGCUCAUACAACAUGUAUGCUGUUCGUAAUCCUAGCACAGUUGGAUCUUGGGAGGACGGUGAUGAUGACUUGGAUGAUGAUAACUUUGAUUUUACAGGGAGACAAGGUUGUGGGAUUCCUUUUUAUUGGACCAAGAGGAAUCUGAAACAUAGAGGUGGGUGUAGGAGUUGUUGCUCACCUUCGUUUUCGGAUACUCUUAGAAAGACCGGGAGUAGUAUUUUAUGCGGGAGUCAGCCGGUGUAUCGUAGACAUAGACAUACCUCUGGGAGAUAUAAUAAACAGAAACUUGCUUUAAGAAGUGCAAAGGGUGUUUUGCCUUUGCUCAAAUAUGGUGGUGGUAGUAGAGGAGGGUCAUCUAUUGGAAUUGGGUAUAGUGAUGAUGGUCUUUCUACUGAUUUCGGAGAGCUUGAUUUAGAGGCUCAAAGUAGAUUAGAUGGGAGGAGAUCGUCUACUAGUUGUCGGAGUCUGGAUGGAGGAGGAGAUGGAAGUACACCGGAAAGUAUCCAGAGCUUGAGCCAAAAGUACAAGCCUAUGUUCUUUGAUGAAUUGAUUGGACAGGGUUUAGUUGUUCAAUCUCUAAUGAACGCUGUGAAAAAGGGUAGGAUUGCUCAUGUUUAUCUUUUCCAAGGUCCUAGAGGAACUGGGAAGACAUCUACUGCGAGAAUUCUUUCGGCCGCCCUGAAUUGUGAUCUGGCGACUCAAGACAUGAAACCUUGUGGGUAUUGCAAAGAAUGCAGUGAUUACAUGUUGGGGAAAAGUAGUGAUUUAUUGGAACUUGAUGCUGGUAAGAAGAAUGGAGCUGAGAAAGUUAGUUAUCUUUUGAAAAAACUGCUGGCAUUAGCUCCACAGAGUUCCCCAAGAUUCAAGGUUUUUGUGGUAGAUGAGUGUCAUUUACUACCAUCUAAGACGUGGCUAUCUUUGCUCAAAUUUCUUGAGAACCCUCUGCAGAAAGUUGUCUUCAUAUGUAUAACGACCGACCUUGACAAUGUUCCUCGGACCAUUCAGUCAAGGUGCCAGAAUUACCUCUUCAACAAAGUCAGAGAUGGUGACAUUGUUGUGAGGCUAAGGAAAAUUGCUUCAGAUGAAAAUCUAGAUGUGGAAUUGCAGGCGUUGGACCUGAUUGCUUUGAAUGCUGAUGGCUCGCUUCGAGAUGCUGAAACUAUGUUAGAUCAGUUGAGCUUGAUGGGAAAACGAAUUACCGUUGAUCUUGUAAAUGAGCUUGUGGGUGUUGUUUCAGAUGACAAUUUACUUGAACUUUUGGAAUUAGCAUUGUCAUCAGACACGGCAGAGACAGUUAAGAAAGCUAGAGAGUUACUGGACUCAGGAGCUGACCCAAUACCCAUGAUGUCUCAACUGGCCAGUCUUAUUAUGGAUAUCAUUGCUGGAGCAUACAAGGCCUUGGACGAAAAAUACAGUGAAGCCUUCCUUGAUGGACGGAACUUGACUGAAGCUGAUAUGGAGAGACUAAAACAUGCUUUGAAACUUCUCUCUGAGGCUGAGAAUCAGCUGAGAGUUUCUACUGACCGUUCAACAUGGUUCAUAGCUACCUUGUUGCAGCUUGGUUCGAUGCCUUCUCCUGGAACCACACACACCGGUAGCAGUAGAAGGCUAAGCUCUAGAGCAACUGAAGAUCACCCACCAAGCAUUUCAAGAGAAGUUAUUGCUUACAAGCCGAGAUCAGGCCUUCAAUGUAAAAAUUCAGCAUCCCCAACUUCCAUGAGAAAAAGCGGAAAUCUUGUUUAUGAAGUGAAAUUGUCUUCCUCGUCUAGCGAAGUUUUAGAGAGUGACACUGCCUCGCAUGAUGAUACAACGGCAAGUACCAUGACACUUACGUGCAGAAAUGCAGAGAAACUAAACGAUAUCUGGAUAAAAUGUGUAGACAGAUGUCAUUCAAAGACAUUGAAGCAGCUUCUCUUUGCUCAUGGGAAGCUUUUAUCAAUCAGUGAAGUUGAAGGUAUUCUAGUUGCUUAUAUUGCAUUUGGAGAAAGAGAGAUCAAAGCGAGAGCUGAAAGGUUCUUAAGUAGUGUCACAAACUCAAUUGAAACGGUAUUGCGGCGAAACGUAGAGGUCAGGAUAAUCCUCUUGUCUGAAACUGAGUUACUCAACACCAAGCAGACCAGACAAAUAGCAGUUACAACUAGUUCAGAUACUGAAAGUGGGCAUGAGAUACCAAUGAAGAGGAUUGAAGCAAUCAUCCAAGAACAGAGAUCAGAAACUGAGUGGUUACAGAAGACUCCUGGUUCCCAAGGCCGGUUAAAACCCGAGAGGAAUCAAGUUCUACCUCAAGAAGACACCAAUGGAGUUAAAGUUUUAAAGAUUUGUGAAAUGGGUGAGUUUCAAGAGAAUCACGCUGGCAAAAGAAUGGAGCAUUGUCCUGUUUCUCCGAGCUUACUACACAACAGCAACUUCACAAACAACAAAGACAAUUUAGGAUAUGAAUCAGAAACAGGGAGAGGAGUUUGCAGUCUGCUUUUCUGUUGGAACACACAAAAGUCUCCAAGAAGAAGCAAAAUCAAAGGGACUCCUGUGCGAUCACGACGAAGAAGUCGAGAAAGACGUUUCUCCUUGUUCAGUGGAUGUGCUAGGCCGAGGAAGUAAUAACUAAAAACAAUAAAGGUUACUGUGUGAUAUUUACUGUCUAUUGAGGAAAGUAGGAAAGUUAAAAGUAAUUAUAAAUGCUAAAAUUGAAUUUGAUACGCAAAUAAGUAAUUGAUAAAGAUAUGUAAUUUUUUUCUUCUAAAGUACUCAAAUUUGAUAGGAAAAAAAGUUACUGUUUUAUAUUGCA